AAGAAAACCUACAGCCAAUACCAUAUGAUUAGAAGCAUCUUAACAAAACGAGCAUACUCCGUUGCUCCCAAUACCUUCCAUCCUCAAUACCUUAAACUUCAAGUGGGACAGAUCCAAUCCUGUAAACGUCAUGAAGCUAGUGAUAAAUUGUACAUUUCCCAAAUUGCAAUCGGUGAAAAUAACGGCGAAAAGAGUACUCUUCAAGUUUGCUCAGGGUUAGUGCCAUUUCUCCCAAUCGAACAAAUGUAUAACAAAAAGGUCGUAGUGGUCACCAACAUGAAACCCAGAAAAUUACGAGGCGAAGCCUCAAUGGGGAUGAUUUUAGCAGCAGAGGCCGAAGUGAAUGAAAAACUACAAGUUGAAGUCGUCGAACCGCCUACUGGCUCGGCAAUUGGGGAGAGGUUGUAUUUUGGACUGGAAAAUCACGAAUUCCAACCACCAAAGUUAAAAGAUAAAGUUUGGGAAUAUAUUCAACCUAGAUUACGUACAAACGACCAAAAACAAAUCGUGUUCAUCGAUGAAGAUAACGUUCAUCACAUAUUGAGGGGCCAAGAUCCCAACGAGUCGGCCACAGUGCCGACCUUGACAAACUCGUUAGUUCAUUAGACCUUGGCGUAUCUUAAAUAUGGCUUAACCUUUCUGAAUUCACCGAAUUUUUCCUUGGCAGCUUCGUCCGAGACGGUUGGAGGAAUGAUAACUUCAUCACCCUUUUUCCAAUCAACUGGAGUAGCAAUACCCUUGGAGUCUGCCAAUUGUAAAGCAUCAACAACUCUCAAGAUUUCACUGGUGUUUCUACCGGUACUGGCUGGAUAAGUCAAAGUCAAUCUAAUCUUCUUGUUUGGAUCGAUGAUAAAGACAGAUCUAACGGUAGCAACCAUUCCGCUUUCCAAGUUCUUGAAAUCGUCUUCAGUAACCAUGUCAUACUUGAAAGCAACUUCCUUCUUACCAUCAGCAAUGAUUGGAAAACCAAACUUUUCACCUUGAGUCUCAACUUCUUCGAUAUCCUUGACCCAUUCGUUAUGACUGUCAACACCUUCAGUAGACAAACCAAUCAACUUGACCCCACGUUUGUCGAAUUCAGGCUUCAAUCUUGAGAAAGCACCCAAUUCAGUGGUACAAACAGGAGUGAAGUCAGCAGGGUGGGAGAAGAGAAUGACCCACUCGUUGCCGAUGUAUUCGUGGAAGUCAAUCUUACCCUUGGUGGUGUCAACUUGGAAGUUUGGGGCAGUAGAACCAAUUCUGAUUCUUGGUUGAUCUUCUUGUUUAAAGGAAAUAAAUCUCAAUUGAGGUCUGGCACAGGAUAACAUACCAACACGAGCGAUGGAGGCAUUACGGAUUAAGUGUCUGGACAACAUUUUCAAGGGUAUAUUCUAGUCAAUUAGGUAUGCAAAUACAAAACAAGGAGUUCUGGAAGAUU